GAGGCCCGGAGCAGACGUUCGGGGCCAUCCAGGCCUCGUACGAGGCGGCGCUCGACCUCGACGCCGCGGGCCGGUCGAGCGAGGCGGUCGUCGUGUACCGCGUCGCGGCGGAAAGGCUGCGCGCGGCCGCCUCGGAUGCGCAGAUCUGCGAGCGGACACCUGGCACGAUGAGCGCGCUGGCGAACGAGAUCGAGGCCCGGGCCUUCUAUUUGGAGAGCCUGGACGGCAUGCCAGCGCAGGUCCGCCUCGAGGAGCACCUCCUUUCCAUGCGCGCCACGGCCGCGCACCCCGCUUCCGCGGGCGCCGCGCCGCCGCGGGAGCCUACGGCCGCGUCGGAGAGCCCGCUGUCCGUGCUGGGCAGGUCACUGGGCCAGGCCCUGGGCUGCGAGGAGGCCGGGCCAUCCGCCGAUGUCGCUGGGGCGUUCGGCGACCUGUGGCAGCAGGCGGGCAGAGCGUGCUCCAGCCUGGUGGCGCAGGCGUCGGACGCGCUGCGCACGGCGGAGGCGCGGUGGGCGGCGCCGCCGCCGGGCGGGCCCGCCGUCGAGAUGCCGGGCGCCGCGCCGCCUGCGGCCGAGCUGGACGCCACGCAGACGGCGGCGGCGGCCGUGGUGGGCGGAGUGGCCGGGCUCCUUGUCCUGGGCCCCCUAGCGGGCCUCGGGCUCGCUGCCGGCGCGGCGCUUGCCUCCACGCGCGGGGACGACGUCGGCAGCGCGGCCCGCGAGGUUGGCGCCGCUGGCAUCAGAGCUGCGGAGCGGUGCAGGGACCUUGCCGAGGAGCACGGCGUCAGCGAGGCGGUCGAGAGCGCCGCCGCGCAGGUCCGCGACCGCGCGCUGGCCGUGGACCAGCAGUACGGCGUCCGCCGGCGCGCCUUCGACUGCGCGGCCAGCUGCCUGGAGCGGACGCAGGCGGCCACCGCCGCGGCGCAGGCGCUCGCGGCGGACGGCGGCGGCGCGGCGGGGCGCUCGCCCGCCUUCAUCGGGUCGCGCUGA